GGACGAGUUCCACGAGUAUUUCUUAGGUGAGGAGAGAAACGAAAUCAUCUCGACUGAGAUAUCUGAUUCUGCUAAGGGUGGUGAAGGUGGUGUGGUACACUUGUUCGACACCAUACUGUUCGAAAAUAUAAUAGCAUCGGAUGGAUGUGUCGUAGUAGUGGCGGGAGAUAAAACUUCGUACUUGGCGGUGCUAACUUCUAGGAAGAAUAUCUAG